AUGCCACGGCAACCGAAGGCGUAUAACGGUGACAGAGUCAAUUUCAAGCAGCUUGCUACACAACUCACCGAUAGGGCGAUCAAAACACGAACGGAUGCUCUUGAUGAUUUAGCGGCCUUCUUCAAAACCCUUGACCGCGGGUCUCAGAGCCAAAGGAACGUCUUUGACGACAAGUCGUAUCACUCACUCUAUGAGGCCAUAUUCCGCUGCACGCUUAUUGAGAAGGAAGCCUACUUCUCUUCUAAACGAGCCCCAACGACACGGUUGGCGAAAUGUGGCGACGUCUUGCGAAAUGCCAUCCGCCAUGGAGCGCCCAAAAUCAAGCGAAAGACAUCGAAGGCCAUUAUUGACCACAUAACCCAAAUCCUCGUGGGCCCUGACGACGAAUACUUUGCGCCUCUGCUCAACAACUACGUAAAGACUCUAAUCAGCUUUCUGGAAGUUCCCACGAACGUUGAAAAUAUUGUCGUCAACGAGAGCUGGUACACAUGUGUCGACUUCUGUAUCGAUGGUCUUACCCGUUACCUCGAGACCGGUGAUCGGGACAGCGGAUCCUUGAACCGUGCCUCCCCAGCUCCAGGAGCCAUCACCAGGGCUGGUUCUGUCGCGCCUACACAGGCAUCUGGCAAUAUUGGGGGCCAGGUUGCACUUGACUUUUUAUUAUGCCUCAACAUCCUCGUCUCGGCUCAAAAUGCACCGAUACUGGGAAAGGCAGACAGGAUAACUGGUGUGGCGCUGCGGAUUCUGCAACUUCGCCAGAUGAGAAUCGGGGAGUUCCAGAAAUUGGCCUUCUCGACAGUUAACUUGGUCUUUGAACGGAUCCAAGCCAACGAUGUUGCGCUUUCCAGGAGCCUAGCUAGUUCCCUGAUUCCCCUGGUCUCGUAUUGGUGGCAGCCCCGAGCUCUUUCACGCGAUGCGAUGUUGAACUCAGUCCGUGAUGAGAUGCUCAAGACCAUCUAUGGAACCCAGCUCUAUGUCGAGAGCUUGCUUCGGGAGUCCACCGAUGACUCCUUCUUCCAGGAUGUUGAGGACCUUCUGGAUUCCCUGUGGACUGACUACUCCAAACGUGAAGACCGCGCGCGGCUUCAGCUGGACGACGUAACUUUCACGAGGAUGCGUCUGCCCGCUGACCACCCCCGCACACCGGUUUUCAGUCUGCGUCCCUACAACCUAGCCGGGGAGCAGAACUGGGCCCUUCUGGAGAAUCUCGCCAUUUUGGAGGCAGCGUAUUCGCGCUACUCCCAGCGAGAGCAUAGUCAGCAGCAUCCCGGCCAUGACCAGCCUCGGAAGAGACGCCGGGUAGCCGGCAGCUCCAACAGGAUACACCAGAAAAUCAAGUCCCUCGACCCCGCUGUUCGGCUGACCGCGCUUCAACUGUUACCGUUUUUGGCGAAGCAAAGACGUCCCCUCCUCGAGGAUAUCGUCGAGGCCAUAGCCGACCUGUCCAAGUUGGUGACGGCGAAAGAGCCAGUGGUGGCAUCCUGGGCAAUGAUCGCUUGUUCAAGUUUUGCUGUCGAUGAGGCGUCACAUCAUGCAUCACUCAGCGCGUCUUGGAAACAUCUGUGGCACCUUGGCGUGCGAGCGUUGUCAUUACCACCGACGAGUCGAGCUGCUUGCGUCCUCUUGCAGUCGAUCCUUCAAGCAAACCUCAUCCCUCGGCAUGAGAUUGCGGACGAUAUCAACCAAAUCGUGACAACGGCGGACAUCAGCGGCCCAUCAGUGCUGGUUGACUCGUCGCUCGCUCUCAUGUUGAGCCUUCUGCAUCUACGAAACAACAUGUUCCCCAACGCCAGCCAAGCCACGUCAAAUCACAUUAUCCGAUGGAUAUUUGUGAGAUGGAGUCCCGCCGAACUGAGUUACGCCUCUUUUCAUGCCAUACACGCGACACCGUAUGACAUUGUCAACCUCCUGAAAGCUUGCUACGGGGCGCCUGCUCUGGCCAUGCCAGUACCGCUCCGCUUAUUUGGCGGGCACCUUUCCCAAUUCUGGAAGGGUCAAGCGCAAAUACAACCUUUCAUCCGGUAUCUGCUGCUGCUGGACCAGGAGGGCACCGAGGCACCCAGUUCACCUUUGGCAGACGAGCAGUCCCCAGAACCGCCCGCUUCACAGCACGCAGUAGAUCCAUCCGGGUCACAUGCUGCAAGGAGACUGGCCCUCGAGCUAUUGUACCCGAAGAUCGAAGAGCUGCACCAGGUAGCCGAGUCAUGGCAAAAGCGGGGAGAAGGUGCUGUCCCUGUUUCUCCUGAACGGCUACAAAGUAUUGUUCUCGCUUCCUUGACGGCCGCUCUUCUGCUACCAGAGCUAGCCAACUUGAACUCAUCCGCUUCUCGGGACCUUGAGACGGCACUCUUUAGUACCGUCGAUGCCACGUUCCAAGUUAUGCUGAACGCGCCGUCGAGUGACAAUUCCUUUGACCUCGUCCUGGCAUGCUCUGCCGCCCACAUUCCCCCCAUCAAAGAUGCCGAGCUAGGUUACUUGAAGCGAGAAAGACCCCAUCUGAUCCGACUUUUCGGCAAGCUUUCCGAUGCAUUGCAUGAGCGAUCGCGUCGGGAAUCCUCCCUGCGCAACUCGGAUACUGCGGAUAUCGAUGACGAGUUUGAGUCGCAGACAAGCCAAAGCAGUACGGCAUUGAAGAACAAAACGUUACCGAGGAGGGAUAUGCUCCUGUCCCACACCCCGGAGUCGUUCUACUUGGAGACCAGUCUGCGGGUACAUAUGCUUGAGGUCAUACGCAAAGAUGACGGGGAGAUCGGGCGUGUGCCCGAAGAUAUUGUGGAUCAACUCGUCGAACUCCCCAACGAACAGUUCUUGCUCUGUCGAGUGUUCGUUCGAGAACUUUUGACAUCGGACCCCAUGGUCACGCUCGACUCUGCCACCAGACUUGUGGAAACGGCAGGGAACCUAGUCAGCCUAGAUGAGUGCUGCGAAGUAGCAGUCUGCACUUUCCUAGACGUUCUGGACGGGUUGAUCAGUAUGUGGACCGACCCAAAGCUGGAGGAGAUCGCAUCCCUGGCUGGGGAUUUCUAUCACCAUUUGGUGAAACACUCCCUAAGCAACAACACGCUCUCUCCGGCCGCUCAAAUCCAGUUCUCUGGCCUACUUCUUCAUUUAUUGGAGGCCAGGCCGACGUACGCAGCCACCUUGGAUUUACCAUCGUCCCGGUCAACUCUUAUGACUAUUCUUCAAGAUGGAGUCGCGGAAGUCAAGUAUUCCAUCGGACGGAAACUCCCCGGCGUCUUCGGAUUGUAUGUCCUCAAAACGCACGAUGAUAUUUUCGUCGACGUCUUGAACAGCCUCCCCUCAGAUCCGCACAACACCGAAGGCAUUGCGUUUCGGCUAUUCGUGCUUGCCGAGCUCGCAUGCCGAUGGCCAACUCUCCUACGCCGAUGCAUCUACCACAUUUUCGAAACGCCGGGGAAGAUCACGCAGUCGGGAAAAUAUGCGGCGAGCUGCCUGAAGACCAUAUCUCGGACUCUGAACCUCGACGGGCCCCAAGAGCUGUUCCGGCUCUUUGCUCCCCAGCUUCUCUACACCUGGCUCGAGGCGGGUUCCAUUCAGGAGAUUCCAUUCGAGACAUUCAGCUUCCCGAGCCUCAACGACCUACUCCACGACGCCCAGACCGAAGCCGCGGCCAUUAUGUUCAUGCGGGGCCAGGAGCAGGAGGCGCUAGAUCUGGCACAAGUCCUGGGUCUAACGCCCGAGCAGCUAGUCCAGCAAAGCUUCACCAAGAUCAUUGCCUACAGCAUUGCACAUGAUAUCAGCGUCCCCGGCGGUGCGAUUUACAUCACAGGGGAGAGCCGGCUGAGGAAGAUUCUCGGAAAGGAAGGGUUCCUUUCGCAGAUCCACCUCAACUUUGCCGACAUCAUCGCCACGUUCUUCGACGUCUUUGAUCAAGACGAUCCCAUUGAGAAGGCAUUUCGGCGUGACGAACGGUUUGCCUACGCUGCAUACGCCAUGGAAGACAUCAAGAAACUUGGCCACUUACCGGCUUCGCUCCCGCCGAACCAGCAACCCAUGUUCAAGGCAAAGUACUUACCCAGGGAAAUCCUCCACCUGUGCAGCCGGACACCAUACGAGCCAGAAACCCUGUGGACGCCCGCGCUCGUAGUCUUCGUGGCACGCAAGCUUCUAAACACCAUACACCCGGCACUAGGCCCGCUCCAUGCCUGUUCCGUUCUGCGCAAAAUCCGGGUCCUAAUUUGCAUGGCCGGAGAUAAUGCCACAUCGGCGUACCCCCUGGAGAUGCUCCUGCAGUCUCUCCGCAUGUUUCUGGUAGACCCCGAGUGCGCCGACGAUGCCCUGGGUAUCACGCAGUACUUGGUCGUUAAGGGCGAUCAUCACUUGCGACAGGCGCCGUCUUUCCUCGCUGGGUACGCACUGUCGAGUUUGGCGGACCUCCGGGUCUUCCUCGAGUCGAGCCAGUCCAGCACGACGCAGGAAAGCCAAUUCAAGGCGACCAUGACAAAAGCCCAGCUCUUUCAUUCUUGGUUCUCCAAGUACCUGGCCGGGUAUGAUUCCCCGGCCUUCCAGGACGAGGCGCAGAAGCUGGCCUUUAAGUCUAUCACGCAGUCGGCGGCGCAUAUCCGCGUGUCGGGUAACGCCGAGAAAGGAACGCACGAGAGUAAUCUGCUGCUGGAAAUCCUAGAAGACUGGGCCCGCGAAAACCAACUGCUUAACGAACCAGCUCGUGACGUGGCGCUCUCCAUGCUCUGCGGGGUGUUCAAGGUCCCGCCGUCGAACCGCUUCGACGUCAUUGACAGUGACGAGGAUGCGCUGAGUCACGGCGCGGUGGUCUGGAAAAGCUGUGCCUCGCAGAACCUCAGCGGAGAAUACCUCGCUUGGGCGGGCCGAGUCCUUGGGCGGUCGUUUGCGGCCUCGGGUGAUGUGCCCGAUGAACUCCUGCGGGAGUCUCGGCUUAAGGAAUACCGCAGGUUGUCGUUGGAUAUUGGUGGUUCGGAAGAGGGUUUGUUGAACCUCAUCGAGGCGUUGACUGUGAGUGGCAACUGUUACACGGCUGGCCUGGCCGAGGCGGCGCUGCGGAAUGUGGUGUCGGACGCUGUCAGCGAUGAUGACCAUGAUCUGCUCGGUGCCUGCCAGCGGAGUCUUGCCGAAGCGCUUCUCAUCUCGUCCAACUGGGAUCCGUACCGGACACCGGGUUCUGACGGGUACGAUGUGGAAUCACCCGCUGAGGAAGACGUGUUUACGGCGAAAAGCUUUGAGAGCCCGGACUGGUCGCGGAAACUGGCCACGCUGCUGGCUCAGUCGGUGCCGGAGAUUGUGACGCUGAGGGUUUUGCCCCCGAUUCUUAGCAAGGUGAAAGGCUUUGCGGAGCGUGCGUUCCCGUUUGUUGUUCAUCUCGUCUUGACGUACCAACUGGACAAACAGCAAGGGGUCAAGCGGCGGCUUUCUGAGGCGCUCAAGCAGUGGCUGAAUUCGAAGUCCGAACUGGCCAGAGAGAACUUGAAGUUGUUGCUCAACACCAUCCUAUAUCUCCGGACUCAGUCUGUGCCCAAAGAGACAUCCAUCGCGGACCGGAGUCAAUGGCUGGAUAUCAAUCUAUCGAGCGCAGCAGCAGCCGCCACCCGGUGCGGCAUGUUCAAGGUCGCCGUCCUGUUUGUCGAGCUCGCCAACUCGGAGUCCUCAAGAGGCUCGCGCCGUUCUUCUGCUCUCCGAGAAAUCGAAGACUCAAGCGAGAUCCUGCUGGACAUCUUUGAGAACAUCGACGACCCCGAUGCGUACUACGGUCUCAACCAGGACGCUUCCCUGUCCACCGUCGUGUCCCGCCUAGGGUAUGAAAACGAUGGGAGCAAGAGUCUUGCCUUCCGUGGCGCACAGUACGACAGCCAUCUACGGAGUAGAGAUCCGGGAUCGCGACAGGACGGACAGGCGCUCAUCAAAGCCUUGAGCAACCUCGGCUUGGCCGGCCUGUCCAACUCGCUCAUCCAGGCGCAACAAAGUCUGGAUGGUUCGUCUGACUCGCUGGAUGGGACGUUCACGACCGCCCGGCGGCUGGAGAUGUGGAAUUUGCCCGCGCCGUCGACCAACAACAACUGGGCGGUCACGGUGUAUAAGGCAUACCAAAGCAUGCACCAGGCUCCGGACAUUGGCGUUGUGAGGAGUGCCAUUCACGACGGCCUGCGGAGCACAGUCCGGCAUUUGACUGGACACAGCCUCAACACGGCCACCCUGCGGCACCAGCUUGGAGCGCUGGCCGUGUUGACGGAGCUGGAUGAUGUGCUGAAUGUCGCUGAUCAGUCGGAGUUGCAGGAUGCUGUGGAGAGCUUUGAGAAGCGGUCUAAGUGGAUGAUGAGCGGACGAUACCCCGAUGUGAGCCAGAUUUUGUCGUGCAGAGAGACCACGCUGAGCAUGUGGAGUCAGCAUCACAACCUGAGGGCUACGCGGUUGACGCCAGCGGACGCCCGACUCAGCCAGAUCCGGACCCUGCUGCUGUCGUCCGACAUCUUCCGCUUCCACCGGGCGAACCAAGAGACGCUGAAUCUAUCCACCACUCUCACUGAUCUGAUCCGGACCGGCGAAUCGCUUGGGCUUAACGUCGAUGCUGCGAUCAAGAUCGAGGCAGCUAAUUCACUCUGGGACCAUGGCGAGAUGACCACGUCGAUUAGGAUGCUGCAAAACAUCGACAAAGACUCUUCCUUGAAAAAGCAGACUGUUCCCGUCAGUCGGUCGGAUCUUUUGUCCAAGAUUGGGUACCAAGUCUCUGUGGCGAGACUGGAGAGCCCAGACAGCAUCCAAAAGAAGUACCUGGAGCCGGCGCUCAAAGAGCUGAGGGGCAAAAGCGAUGGCAAGGAGGCCAGUCAAGUGUUCCACCAGUUUGCCAUGUUCUGCGACGAGCAGCUCCAGAAUCCCGACAGCUUGGAUGACCUAGCACGCCUGAAAAGUCUGAAGAGAGGCAAGGACGACGAAGUCGCGCAGCUCAAGGCGCUGAUUGCGAACUCAAAGGAUUCCCAACACAAGAACCGCUACUCGAGCCAUCUCGCCAAGGCACGACAGUGGCAAGACCUAGACCAACAGGAGCUCCGGCGUGUUGAGCAAAGCCGAUCCGAGUUCCUCCGGUUGAGCUUGGAAAACUAUCUGCUCUCUCUCGCGGCGUCUGACGAGCACAACAAUGACGCCCUGCGGUUCAUGGCCCUGUGGCUAGAGCAGUCGGAGGAGGACGUGUCCAACGAGGCGGUCAAAAAGUACAUCGGCAAGGUGCCCACCCGCAAGUUUGCGCCCCUGAUGAACCAGCUUUCGUCUCGCUUGCAAGAUCAACCCGUCCUGUUCCAGCAGCUCCUGAUCGAUGUGGUCUACCGCAUCUGUGUCGACCACCCGUACCACGGCAUGUACCAUAUCUGGUCUGGCGCGAGGACCCGCGUCAAUAAGGAUGACGAAGUGGCCGUCUCCCGCCAAAAGGCGACCGACCGUGUGGCCAAGGGGCUCACCAAGUCGAACGCGGUGUCCAAGAUCUGGCCCGCCAUCGACCAGACGAGUCGGGUGUAUCACGCGCUUGCCAUGGACCGUGACCCUAAUAGGUACAAGGCCGGGCAAAAGAUUGCGAUCAAGAACUCGUCGGUUGGAUCCAACUUCCUCACCAUCCUCGCCAAGUACCCCAUCCCACCCCCGACGAUGCAGAUGGCGUUGUCUGCCGACCUAGACUAUUCAAAUGUCCCCAUGAUCCACAAGUUCGAGCCCGAGAUGUCCAUCGCCUCGGGCGUCAGCGCGCCCAAAAUCAUCACGGCCGUCGGCACCAACGGCCAGCGGUUCAAGCAGCUCGUCAAGGGCGGCAACGACGACCUACGCCAGGACGCCAUCAUGGAACAAGUCUUCGCCGCCGUCUCCGAACUCCUCAAACUCCACCGCACCACCCGCCAACGCAACCUCGGCGUCCGCACCUACAAAGUCCUCCCCCUCACCUCCUCCUCCGGCCUCAUCGAAUUCGUCUCCAACACCAUCCCCCUGCACGAAUACCUCAUGCCGGCCCACGAAAAAUACAACCCAAAAGACCUCAAGGGCUCCCAAUGCCGCAAAGAAAUCUCCAGCGCCCAAACAAAAACCACCGAAAGCCGCAUCGCCAUCUACCGCAAAGUCACCGACCGCUUCCACCCCGUCAUGCGCUACUUCUUCAUGGAAUACUUCCCCGACCCGGACGAGUGGUUCCACAAACGCACCGCUUACACCCGCACCACCGCUGCCAUCUCCAUGCUCGGCCACGUUUUGGGGCUUGGCGACCGGCACGGGCAUAACAUCUUACUCGAUACCAAAACCGGCGAAGUCGUGCACAUCGAUUUGGGCGUGGCCUUUGAGAUGGGCCGGGUGCUACCCGUGCCGGAGCUCGUGCCGUUCCGGUUGACGAGGGAUAUUGUAGAUGGGAUGGGCAUCACGAAGACGGAGGGGGUGUUCCGGAGGUGUUGUGAGUUUACGCUGGAUGCGUUGCGUGAGGAGGCUGCGUCGAUUCAGACUAUUCUGGAUAGCUUGAGGCAUGAUACGCUGUAUCAGUGGUCGAUUUCUCCCGUGCGUAUGGCUAAGUUGCAGAAUGCGCGUGGUUCUGCUGGUGCUGGUGGUGGUGGUGAUGGGGAGGAUGGAGACGGCGACGACGUAGCGGGAGGAGGAGGGAUUGGGGGAGACAAAAAGUCUAGGUCGGUGAAUGAGCCGAGUGAGGCGGAUCGGGCGAUUGAGGUAGUGAGGAAGAAGUUGAGCAAGACGUUGAGUGUGAUGGCGACGGUCAAUGAUUUGAUUAAUCAGGCGACCAGUGUGUCGAAUUUGGCGGUGUUGUAUUCUGGCUGGGCGGCAUACGCUUGA